GUGACGUUUGACACUAUCUAUAACAAUGGUUAAACUGAGGCAGGCCGGCAGUAGUAGUUUACAUGGCGGAAACACACGUAUCACACACACAUCACAUCACACGACACGACACGACAAGAGCACGAGGACACACAGCACCGACCGCCAAGUUGACCACACACACCUGCAGCUGCACCACACCACACCCAUUCAUUCAUGCAUUCACACAAACGACUCAUCCGAGUACUCACUCGGGCAUCUCAUCUGUCGGUACCGUAAGCACACACAUCGACCAAAACACACACACACGCACACACACACACAUGCUCAUUCAUUCAAGACACAAAGAUGGAGAGAAGAGAGAGAGAGGCAAGGGGGGCAAAAAGGCAUACGUACAGCACGUGCAUGCAACGCAUUCAGGAGAAGAAGGUCUUGUGUGCGCGUGACAUGCGUCGAAGGAGGGAGCCAAAACGGUGUCAUCAUGCUUGCUUAAAUAGGCCAUCCAUCCAUCCAUCCGUCCGUCCAUCCAUCCAUCCAUCCAAUGAGCUGAGGUACUGUAGGUAAGGCAAGGUCAGGGCAGACACACAGCAGACACACAGAGAGAGACAGACUGGACAGACAACCAAAGGCGAAAACAGCACGAUGGAUGUGAUGUGCAUUCAUUCAUUCAUUGGCAUGUACGCGUACGUCCCCGCCUCCCUAUCUCUGUCUCCCUCCCUCCCUCCCUCGCCCUCCCUCUCCCUGCCUGCCUGCCUGCGACCCAGCACGAGAAUACGUAUUCACACAGACUGACUGACAUAGACUGACAGAGAGAUGGAUGGAUGGGUUCGUAUCGUAUCGUGGCAUGGCAUGGCUGUCUGUCACCAUUCACUCACUCACUGCCUGCAGUGCCCACUAUUUGUUCCCCACCCCUGCAUCCAUCCAAUCCACCCCGCCGCAGCCCACCGCAGCCAGGUAGGUAGGUAGACAAGUCAGGGAAAAGGAAAAAAUAGGCAGAUAGGUCCGGUCCAUCCAUCCAUCCAUCCAUCCAUCGAUAUACAUACACACACCAGCACCAGCCCACAGGGAGGGAAAAAAUGGAUCAUAGCCGACAGAACAGGAUGAACCAACCACCAGACAAACAAACAAACAAACAGACACACACACAGAUGCCACGCCCUCCCGCCCAGACAGGCCAAGCUCUCACCCCACCCUGCCGCCAGAUAGUGAGAUGCAUCCAUCCGUCAAGCAAUGUCACACAACAACAAAUACGUCCUCCCCGCAACACAUAGAUGGAUGGAUGGAAUCAGACAGACAGACAGACAGACGAGGCAGCCAACAAACGACCCAACCCAUACACCCCAGACAUGUACGCUUGCAGCACCACGUGUCUGUCUAUCUGUCUCACUCAUGCGCCUCCCCUCCCCCCUCCCCCCCGCCCCCGCCCCCAGCACUGCCACUGCCAUUGCCCGGUUCGUGUGUCUGCCCCCCGUCUCCGCCAGACGCCCGUGCCGAUGUUCCCGCUUUCUGAUACACGAGCUGAGGUGGCCGGCCACGGUACCCGCCGCGGCCGCGGGGCCUGAAGCCCCGACCUCUCUCGACGUAGUGGUGGUGAUGGCCAGACGGACCCCGGAAGCGAUCAUUGCCUCGACCGCGGGGGAAACGGCCACCGCGACCACCGCCGCCCCGGCCCCCUCCCUGAUGCGUCGUGUCGGCGCCCGUCGUGUCGGUCUCCCCCACCUCUGCCUCUGCACCACCCUCAUUGUCUGCUUCUGCUCCACCUUCAGCUGGUGCCGGCUGGCCGUUGGGGGUCUCUUCCUUCUGUUGUGCGUCGUUGGUAGCCGCGGAGGCGCCUCGCAACAACUGCAGGAGGUUGUCGCCGAGUUGUCUGUUGUCCAGUGGGGGCUGGGGCGCCUCAUCACGAGAACGGUCGACAGCUGAAGGGGCGGGAGCAGCAGACGCCGACGGGCGAGACUCUUGUGGCUGUGGUUCGGGCGCCUCGUCGGCCUUGGGUUGCUGUGCUGCUGCAGCCUGGUCCUUGGCCCCCUCAGUGGUCGGAGCAGCCUGUUUCUUAGGCGCCCACUUCUGCGGCGAGGCGUGGUGUGGGGGUGCCUUGUGUGAUGCAGAGGGAUGAGCGGGCCGCUCGGGGGGCGCAUGCUGGUGCUGCUGAGGCGGACGGGGAGCGGGCUGCGACGGCACCGACUGUCGCUUUUGGUCGCUCUUGUCCGGCUCGGCCUUUGGCUGGGGUGGCUCCUUCUUCUUCCACUGUGUCGCGCCAUGCGGCACAUGGUGAGGGGCUUCCCUGCCGCUCGCAUGCGAUGGCUCCUGGGGAGGCCGGGAUGACGGGGACGCACCAACAGGGACAGCUGCAGCAGCCGGUGCAGGUGCACUGGGGCGGUCAGUCUUUGGCUUGGUGUCUUCAUCCUUCUUGUCGCCGCCCUCCUGCUGUUUGUCGGCCUCGUGUGGCUCCCCCUGCUGCUGAUCGGCGCCGCCCUCAUCCUUCUUGCGUCCCUCCUGCCUGGCCCCCUUGUCCCUCUUGCGCCUCUCGCUACGCUUCUGCCCUUCACGCUUGGACGGCACAUCCGAUGGAGUGCUCGACGCUGCGACAGCCGCCGCCGCCGCCGCCGCAGCAGCAGCAGCGGCUUGGGGUUCUUCGGCUGGUAAUUGUUUCAUGCUGGCCUUCUCGUGUUCCUUGACCGCGUCGAAAAGCGCUUGCGGGUCGACCUUGAUGAGAGGCCCCAUGGUGCGAGGGGGAGUGGGACCCGCCGCAGCGGCGGCAGGUGGUGAGACUGGUGCCGCUGCAGCAGCAGCAGGGGGGUGGAUCUGGCCCUGAGGGGGUGCUUGCUUGGAGAAGGGCAAGGGGCGUGUCGGUUGGGACUCUUGUUGAUCCUGGUGCUGCUCCUCCUCGCCCCCCUCCUCCUCCUCGCCGUUGUCGCCACCAUGCUGUUCGUCAUGGCCGUUGUCCCGCCCGCCCCUCCUUCUGUCUCUCUUGGACUUCUUCGGCGGCUUCUUCCUCUUGGAUGGGGGACCCGCUUUGCCACCUGCUGCUGCUGCUGCCGCUGCUGCUGGUCCUGCUGCCGACGACGAUGCCUGGUCGGCCGCAGGAGCGGCAGGAGGGGCAGCUGAGGGCCCGUUGCUGGACGCCGCGGCCGCUUGUGCGUGCUGGGCUUGGCUGAUGGACGAGCUGUCGUGGGUCAGGGCUGCAGAGAAGGCGCUCCAGUCCUCUUCGGUCUCCCUCCCUCGUCGGCCACCCCGACCCCUCCUCUCGACCAUGCGGCCGCGACCACCACCCUGGGCCGCAUCAGUUGACGGCACAGCAGAUGGGGGAGGGGGAGGCGACACGGGCACCGGCGGGACAGGUCGAUGUACUGGUGCAGGGGGGACGGCACCAGCGCGGUCGCCUGCUUGAGCGGCUUCCUGUCUGGCAGACGCUGGAGCUGCCAGUUGUCCCGGUGCCUUGGGGCGAGCGGUGGCCUCCCCGCCAGCCUGUCGCUUGGCCGGUCUUGACGGCCCUGCCUCCACCUCGGUCUCAUCCCUCAUGACGUCUGCGGGACCGAGAUGCAUCUCCUCUCCCCCCUCCCUGGCCCGCCCAGCAGCGCCAGCCCUCCCACUGGCAGCGGUGGCUCCGGCCGCCCCCUGCCGGGUUUGGUUCCUGAGGUCCUUGAUGGAGUUGUUGAAGAGCUUCGAGCCAGGACUGGGUGUCGACUGGGGGGUGGUGGCGGCCAUCUGCUGAUGUGAGGUGGGGGAGGCGUGUGAUGCCUGUGCCUGUGCCUGUGUGGUGGGCUGGCGCUGCGGCGUCUCGGUGGCUUGUGAAGGGCGGGGGUGAGCGUCGCGGGCAGGAGGGGCGCCACGGUCAGCGGCAUGGGGGGGCUGAGGCGCCUCUGCAGAGAUGGCAAGCAGACAGACACACAGACAGACAGGCAAGGAUGAGAGCAAGCCCUUGCGUGUUCUCUAUCUGUUCCUGUCUGGUGUGUCUGUCAGUGUAUGUAUGUCUUACUUGCUUCCCAGUGUCGCUGUGGAUGGUGCUCUCUCUGCUCUCUAUAUCCUCCUCUCCCCCCGGCUCCCCUCGGGUGGUCAUGGAAUCCCCUCCCCGCUGCACCGACGAACCCCUCUCCGUGUUCGUGCCACAUGCCUCCUUCCCCAUCCCUCUCGCCGCGACCAUAGCCCCGUCCACCGCCCCUCCCACCACCACCACGCCCCGGAGGCCCGAACCGAUCCUCACCCCGAUAGCCGCCGAACCUCGGCGGGCGAUCUGUCGCCCCGCCGUACCCACCAGGCCCCGGCCACUGGGGCGGCGCCUCGUCCCGCCUGGGCCCUUGUGCGCCUUCGUCGAUGAUGGCGUCGGUGCGUCUCCUGUCGUUGGCGAGCCGGUGAGCCGAGACAGUGAUGGGGUGGUCGGGAUGCACCAGGGCAGACCGACGUCUGUCCCUCCCUCCCUCCAGCUCCUCCCGCUCGUCGCGUCGUCCCUGCCCACCGCUGCGAAGCGACGGGUGCCACGACGGCCGAGGCUGGCCUGCAAAGGGGAGGGUCGGCGACAUGUGGGAUGCCGGGGGGCCGUCGUCUCGCGGACCCACGCGAUGAGGAGGUCCACGAGCGGAGCCGAACGACUCGUCUUCGUACCGCUCGUCCAUUGGCGGCAGGCCCUCCAUCGGAUGCGACCCGCGUCGGGCGUAGCGAUCCUGCUCCCUCAUGUCACGAUCGCCAGGGCCUCGCGCCGGCGGCACAUGGCGCUCGGGGCCGGGCGAUGCGGCCUGGUGCUGGUGCUGUGGGUGGUGUGGCUGCAGCUGGCGAGCCAAGGCAGCAGCGUCUUCCCUCUCCGCAAGGCGACCCUUGCCGCCCUCCCUGUGUGCCGGGUGUGAGGGAUGCAGCGACGGCCGAUACUGGGGAGGGCUCCCCGCCAGACGACCGACGGGUGGCCUCUGGUGGUGGGGCUGCUGCAUCAUGUCUCGUGGUGGCCGGGGAUGUGAGUGAAGGGCGAGGAUCUUGGGCGGGCGAGUGGGAUGGCCGCCGUCGUGCGGACGGUAGGGCGGCCCGUGAUCAAAGCGGUCGUACUGGCCGCCUCCUCCCUGGUGCCUCGGGGGCCCUCGGCCACCACCGCGGGGAUGCGGCGGGUGGUGCAGGCGUGGAGGAUGAUGGCCCCCACGGUCCUCCCGCUCCCUCUCGACCCUCUCCCGACCCACCUGCUGGUGCUGCGCCCCCGGUGACGAUGACUGACGGUUGUCGGAACCCGACAGUGAUCGGGCCGCCGCGGCCUGACCCGCAUCAGCAGGGAGCGGGUCCAUGGUCCCAACACCGAUCUCACGCAGUCGGGGCAUCUCCUCAGUGGCUGGUGCGUGGAAAGGCGGGACCUCAUGGGCGUGAGGCGCCAUUGGCGGCUGCUCCCCGGGCGUCGGCAGGAUGACGGGAGGGGGAAAGGUACCGUGACCUCUCGCCUCGUCCGUCGGCGCCUUCUGCCGCUGCUGCUGCUGUACCUGCUGUGCCUGCUGCUGCUGCUGCUGCUGCUGGGCGGCCUCACGACUCUCCUCCGGCUGUAUCUGAAGCUGUUGCGGCACCUCAGGCCCGGGCGGUCUGGCCUGAACACCACCGCUCAGCACGAAGCCAUCGACAGCAGGUCCCACAGCAAUCUCCUGUUGCGGACGCUGCUGCUGUUGCUGCACAGACGGAUGGAAGGCCGCCAUGGGGUGGUCAGCAGGGGGGCCAGCGGCAGAGGGGUGGGCCUCUAGCUGCAGAUCCGACGGCGACUGAUUCUGGACCGGUGACGGGCCCCGCAGCAGAGGCGCGUUUGCGACGCGUUUCUUCGUGUUGACUCCGCCAAAGUCCCCACUGUGGGACCGCUGGGUGAUGGGCGUGGCGUCGGCGCCGAAGUGCUGCUGCUGGGGGUGCAUCGCUGCCUGACCAGCGAGCUGCUGCCCUGGGAUCUGAGCCUGUCCUUGCGGCUGGGGAAGCUGCUGUUGUUGCUGCCGCGGCAUGACCGACAGACUCGGCUGCCACACGUCCGCCUGCUGCUGCUGCUGGUGGGGCUGGGGCUGAGGCUGUUGCUGCUGCUGCAUGGCCACCAUGUCGCCUCCCUGCGGCUGUUGCUGCUGCUGGACUGCCAUGCCCUGGCUGGCGAUGCCUUGCAUCGCCACGUGGUGAAGCCAUGCGGGGAAGCCGGCGUGACCGAAGGCCCCGGCCUGCUGGAUGGCGGCAGCAGCGGCCAUGGGGCUGGCCUGGGAUGAGUCGAUGGACAUGCUGCCGUCGGGGAGCUGCAUCUGGUUGGCGAAUGCCAUGCCGCCUGCAGCCGAUGGGUCCUGGAGGGGGUAGUUGUUGUUGAAGGCCUGGGGGAUGGGGGACGACAUGGUCGCCUGGGAGCCGUCACCACUCUGACUGUACGCGUACUGCAUACCUGAUAGAUACAUAGACAGAUAGGGACAAACAACACGCACAUACAUAGCACAACACAACACAACACACAUACGGUAUGACGGUGUGGGUGUGGGUGUGGUGAGCUUCCCUCCCUCCCUCCCUCCCAUCUGCCCAUCUGUCUGUCUGUCUGUCUGCUUGAUCCAUCCAUCCAUCCAUCCAUCGCUCACUCACCCUGCAUAGAUCCAUUCAUCCAUUCGCCCAUGCCAAUCUGCUGGAAGUACAACUGCCCAGACAUCUCGUCAACACCACCGCCGCCCAGCCCCGUCCCCCAUCCCCCAGUAAACGGAGCAGCGUCGGCAUUCAGACCACUGGCGCUCGCACUCGCCCCUCCCCCAGCCUGAACAUGACCUCCCCCCUGCUGCUGUUGUUGGGGCUGCUGCUGCUGCUGCUGCUGCACCUGCAUGGCCGCCUGUUGGUGGUGCUCGGACAUGAUCAGGUUCCGAAGAUCGACCCCUUCGGCCCCGUUGACUGCAAAGAGAACCACAGCACAAAGGAAUGAUGAAUGGCAUGGGUGGCUGGUGAGGCGUGUGUCGUGUGUGACUAACCCAUGCGCAGACGCCCGCCCGCUCCGGGAAUGUGGGGCGGCUGCUGCUGAUGCCACGGCCCGCCAGCCGAGUGGGGCGGCUCGCCAGAGAUGGAGCUGCGCGUGGGGAUGGACUGGUCGCUACCCACUGCCGCACCGCCGCCGCCGCCGUGAAACGAAGAAGGCGCCACCGGCACCAUGCCCUCGCUCCGCUGCUGCUGCUGCUGCUGCUGGUGCUGGUGAGAGGUCGUGUCCUGUGCCGCGGCCAUGUCGCCUGCCUCCUGGGACUCUCGUGGCUUGAUGAAGGUGGGCAGCUCGUGAGCGGCCGGGGGCGGAGGUGGCGCCAUCGACUGGUGUGCGAAGGGCUGCUGGUCGGAGGGCGACGGAGCGAAACCAGACUGCUGCUGCAUCCUGAUGAGGUUCUCCUCCUCGUUCUCAAACAUCGGUCCAGAGAACUGCGGCGGACUGGGCGGCCCCUCAUAGGGCGACGCGGGCGACUCCUGGGACACAUGAGCGUGUGUGUACCACUCCUGGGGCGGUGGAGGGGGCGACUGGCCGAACGGCGGUGGGGCCUGCGAUGGGGGUGGCGGCUGCUGAGACUGACGGACGGCCCCCUCUCCCGGGCUGCUGCGAUGCUGCUCGGGCCGGCGGGGGUAGGGCGACUCGGGGGGCGGCUGGUGGUGCUGCUGGCCCAUCCUCAUCUGCGAGCCACCGUGCUGCAGCCCCUGCAUGUGCUGCUGCUGCUGGAAGGGCUGGCUCUGCGGGAAACCCUUGGUGGGAGGAUGGUUGCCGGAGACGGGCGGCCGAUAGCCCGCCUGCUGGGGGGACUGGGAGCCAUGUCCUGACCGGCCGCCGCCUGGUGGAUUGAUAAGGAUGGCCCCUCGGUCGCCCGGCCUAUCACCACUGUCGCCCUGCCUUCCCGGGUAGUGUGGAAGGUGGUACCCCCCUUGCUGCUUCAUGGCCUGCUGCAUGCUGCGGGGAAUCACCUCGGGCCCAGGAGUGGGCAGCAGAUGACCUUGCGGCCCGUCCGGCCGUCCCGGUCCCAUGCCGGGCGGCCCAGAGCCCCGGCCUCUCGGUGGGGGAAAGCCACCCCUCGGGGUCGAGAAGGGGAGGGGAGGCGGGCGUGGAGGGGCGGCCUUGCUGGCGUGCUGCUGCACGGCCCUCUGCUCGUGACCUGCAGUGCAUUGCAUUGCAUGCACAGAAGAACAGACAGACCGCCGACCAUAAUAUAGGGUAGGUGCAUGAGAGUGAGCAUGAGCGAGUGCCCCGCCCCAUGCCACCCACCUGUGUCGUCAUCCUCCAUCAUGUCUGCCCACUUCCUGGGGGGACCCGUGGCCUGCUCCUGCUGCUGUGACGGCUGGCCGCCCUCUCCACUGGUGUGAUCCCCUCCUCCGUUGAACGGCAUGCCCUGGUGAUGUGGUGGUGGUGGCCGAUAGUGGUGGCCCCCCUCGGCUGGUGGGUGGCGGGGUGUGGGGAGGGGACGGUGUGGUGGCGGCGGGUGAAACGCACGAUCGCCAGACGGAUGGGAAGAUGACGCAUCCCUGACGGACGGACCACGCCGUGUGUGUGAUCGAUCAGGGAGGGGGAGAGGGAGGGAGGGAUGGUAAUGCGUCUGUGUAUGUGUCUGUGUCUGUGUAUGUGUGUGUCUGUACCUGUCCCUCUCACUGCCCCAGAGUGGCUGCCCGCCGUUGGAGUCGGAACCCUGGGAAUCUGCACACACCACACAGACGAUGGAUGUGAUGUAUCCCCUCCCCUCCCCUGCCUGAGUGGCUGACCACUCUGAGUGUGUGGUUGUGUUGCGUACCGGUGUGUGUGUGUGUGGGCGGUCUCGGCCGUGCAGGUGCCCGCCCUCCCCCCGAGAACGGUGCAGGCUGGCGAUGGUCAUCACGACCACCUGACACACACGCACAACGCACACACACGCAGAGCGGGCAAAGACAGCCAGACCACGUCAGUUGAUUGACGCACGAACAGCAGUCACGUGUGUCACUCACUGACCAAGGAAUGUUCGCUGAUGGUUCUUAUCUUGCCACGAGUCUUGCUGAAAGCCCUCAACGCGCCGCAUCCUGACACACCACAUGCAAGCCGACACACAGACGUGAGAAGGGCGGACAAAUCAAGGGCUUUGAGACACAGGCGGCCUCCACCCGUCCAUGGACACCACUCAUGACAGUCUGUGCUGCGUGCUGUGCCUGCCUGUCCCCCUCAGUCGCUCUCUGGUGGGUGUUGCGUUGCGAUGUGCAUGGCAGUGAUCGAGCGGCAUGCGCACACACCGACACUUCCCUGGCCCGUCUGCCUGGUCUGUGUGCACUCGCCCACCCUCCCUGGGUCCCUUCUCAUCGGUCCACCUGCCUGUUCUCCUCUCUGAGUGUGUGUGGUCUCAUUCUCACUUACUCUGCGGAUCUGCUAGGCAGUGUCUCGGUAGGAUCUGCCCAUUCCUCGGGCGGGAUCACUGUCCUAUGAUGAUGCCGCGUCCCUUGCUUCCUCGCGUGGCGGGAUUCUCGCUUCUCGUUCUUCCCAGCCUCCAACGGAUGAUCUGACAUAUAUCUACCGCAUGCGCAUCUACGACUAGGCUCCAACACGCUCAGGC